AUGUCAACAAUAAACUCCUCGAGUGAUUCUAGUUAUUACGAGGCUAAUAGCUCUCCACCAUCACCACCUCAAAAUCCACAACCAUUUACAGGUCAUAAUAAUCAAUCAAAAGAAUCUGUUGAAACUUUUAAACCACAAAGAAGAAGAUCCAUUAGUUCAUUAGAUCCAAAUGAUAAAAGUUUUGUAUCAAGUUUGAAAAAAACCAUAUCACAUUCUUCAUCAAAUAGACCAAGUGAAGAAAAUUCAACAAAUUAUAAAGAUUAUUCUGCAAAAAAUUUAUAUGGUGAAGAUUUAGAUGCUAAUGAAAUUGAAUUGAAAAGAACUCAAACAAAAGCAACUAUUAUAAACACACUAGAAGAAAGAGUAGCAAAUGAAUAUCAAGAUUCAAAAGAACAAGAUAUAGAAGCUUAUCAACCAGACACAACAAAUCAAGAACAAAGAUCUCAUAGAUCAAAAUCAAUCUAUUCACAAGUUGAUAGAGAAGAAGCAUUACCAACAUUAAAUGAUGGUGUAGAAUUUCAAGAAAUUGAUCCAGAAUUAGUUACAUGGGAUGGUGAUGAUGAUCCACAAAAUCCAAGAAAUUGGUCAUCCCAAAAAAAAUGGAUUAGUAUUGCAGUUGUUUCAUUUUAUACCCUUUUAUCACCAUUUGCUUCAACAAUGUUAUCACCUGCAGUUUCAUCAAUUUCCCAGGAAUUUGGUAAUACAAAUGAAACAAUUUCUGCAUUAAUGGUUUCAAUUUUCAUUUUAGCAUGGGCUUUAAUCCCGCCAUUUGUUGCACCAUUAAGUGAAAUGUAUGGACGUAAAAUUGUUCUUGAUGUAUCAAUUUGGGUCUUGAUGGCUUUUAAUAUUGGUUGUGCAGUGAGUCAAACAACAACGCAAAUGAUUGUUUGUAGAUUUUUUGCAGGUGUUGGUGGUGCUGCAUCAAUUGUUAUUGGUGCAGGUACAAUUUCUGAUACAAUGGAUGUUCAAGAACGUGGAUUAGCAAUGUCAAUUUAUAGUUUAGGACCUACAAUGGGACCAUGUAUGAGUGCAUUAAUUGCAGGUUAUAUUGUGGAAUAUGCAUCAUGGAGAUGGUGUUUUUGGGUCUUGGUUAUAUUUAAUGGUGUUAUUGGUGUUUUAGGUAAUAUUUUUUUAAGAGAAACUUAUGCACCAGUUUUAUUGAAAAGAAAAGCUUCAAAAUUAAGAAAAUUAACUGGUAAUGAAAAUUUACAUUCAUUAUAUGAAAUUGCUACAGGUGAAACAACAUUUGAUAAAUUUUAUGUUAAUUUAAGUCGUCCAAUUUUAUUACUUUGUACACAUCCAAUGGUUUUCGGAUUAGGUAUUUUCAUGGCUAUUGGUUAUGGAUGUCUUUAUAUAUUAAUUGUUACAUUUCCAGCAGUUUGGGGUCAAAUUUAUGGAUUUAAUAAAGGUUCAACAGGAUUAAUGUAUUUAACAUUUUUAAUUGGUUAUUUAAUUGGUAUUAUUUUUUUCAAUCAAAGUGCUAAAUAUGUUUUAAAUAAAUUAAUUGCCAAAAAUAAUGGAGUAGCUAAACCAGAAUUUAGAUUACCAUUAUUAUUAUUUAGUGGUGUUACAUUACCAAUGGGAUUAUUUUGGUAUGGAUGGGGUGCAGAACAUCAAUUACAUUAUAUGUUUACCGCAGUUGGAGCAUCAAUUUUUGCAUUUGGAGUUAUUGCAAUUUUUUAUUGUAUUCAAAAUUAUUUAAUUGAUAUGAAUCCAAGAUUCGCAGCAAGUUCUAUAGCAGCAGCAUCAAUUUUUAGAUCAUUUUUAGGUUUUGCAUUCCCAUUAUUUGCACCUGAAAUGUUUAGAUCAUUAGGUUAUGGAUGGGGUUGUUCAGUUUUUGGAUUUAUUGCAUUAGCAACAGGUAUUCCAUUCCCAUUAUUUGUUAUAUUAUAUGGUGAAAAAUUAAGAAUUUGGGCAAAUAAAAGAAUUGAAAGAUCUCAAGCUAAAAGAGAUGCUAAAAAUUUAGCAAGAUUGAAAAAAAUUCAAGAAAGACAAUUAAAUGAAAAAAAACCUGUUAAUGAAAAAGAAGUAGGUAAUGUUAGUUCACAAUCAUCAUGA